AUGAUGCCUUCAGGCAAGAAAACUUCCACUGUUUUCUUAAUACUGUUUCACAGUUCUGAUUCUUGCUUUGUUCCUUUUUCCAGGCAGUACAUGGUGCUUCUACCCUUUCUGAUACAUACAGAUUCUCCUGAGAAAGUCUGUGUGCAGCUGACUCACCUGAAUGAGUCUGUGACACUGAGUGCUACACUUGAGUACCAAGGGGAAAACAGGAGCUUGAUUGAUGACAUGGUGAUAGAGAAGGAUUUGUUUACCUGCAUCCCUUACUCUCUUUCAAAAUCUAACAGCACAUCAGUGGCACUUCUCACUGUGACAGUGAAGGGAGAGAGCCUGCAGUUCAGAAGCCGCAAGUCAGUGCUGGUCAAGAAUUCUGAGAGUUUGGUCUUUGUCCAGACAGACAAACCUAUCUACAAGCCUGGACAGACAGGUACAGAGAAUUGGGUUUGUGUUAACUCUGGUGUUGGUGUUAAGCAGAAAAUCUUCUGGACUUAAUUCCCCAGAAAAUUAAUAUUUUUAUUAAAGAAGUUUUCAUAGGUCUUUUUGGGGUGGGGGUGAUUUAGAGUCAAAAGAAAAUCUUCCUUCUGUCAGCUGAGAUCUAAGGCAUGUGGUACCAUCGUUGUUUGUAUUCUCUGUCCUCUGGGCACAAUAUCUCAGUCACAUGGAGGCACAGAUUCACAUUCCUCCAUCUCAAUUAUAAGCACAAGUAUGGGUUGACUUCAAAACAUUGUCUCCCUUGGCUGCAUCUGAACCAACAGGGGAGAACAAGCACUUCCCACAGAUAAAUCAUUUCAGCUAAGAUCUAAAAUUUUUUUUUCUAAAUUUGUCUGCCUUUCACCAUCAGUAAGAAAGUGAGUGUAAAUUAAUCACUACCAUAACUUAAGGAUCUCAUUUCAGAGUCUGUUGAUCAGUGAAAUUAAUCUGAGUUAAAAAUUAUUGAAACAUUGAUGUUUGCUGGUAAUGGUUAUAAAUCUUAACAACAAAAUUUCCUUCUUUUUCAUUACACUUCUCAGUUCUGUUUCGGAUUGUCUCUCUGAAUAAAGACUUCCACCCACUGAAUGAGAAGGUAUGCACAUAAUUCCUUGUUUUUAACCAAGAGGCUUAAUUCCCAUUUAACACCUUUACUAUCCACAACCUUUACAGCAAAUGAUCCUUCCUUUCUCACAACACCAUUGACCUAUCCCAUAGGUCAUAUUCUGUCUGGAAUACAGUCCAUCUGUUUCCACUGACUGCUCCAUUUUUUUCAAAAGAAUAUAGAUAUUUAGAACCUGAUUUUUCAAAGGAACAUACUACUUUCAAAGGAAUAAGCCUGUAGACAGAGAUUUCAUUAGAGAAAAAAUGCAUGAGACAAGUUCGCAUUGAAAGUGACAGAUGCUUUUGGCAUUAAGUGCCACCACAUGCUUAGAGAUCGAGAGAGAAGGAUGAAAAGGACUUAGUUUGAAGAAACUGAUCACUGGUAUAGGUCCACCUUUUAGCUUAUUUGUUAAUCAGUCCUCAUGGAGACAAGUUAUUUGAAAAUUCUUCGUUUUCAAACCGUGGUAAGACAACAAGAUGGAGCUCUAAAGUACUAUUUAUGAAGAACUGAGCAUACAGUGCAAAUACAGAAAAUGGCUCAGAGGACUUCUUAGCAAGUUGGUUUUCUGUCUUUCAGUUUAAAACUGAAAAUUGCUUUAAUCCCCAUGUGACUCUCAUUUCUAACUCUGAUUUUCCACUGUUCCUUCCCCAUAGUUUCCAUUCGUCUAUGUUCAGGUAAGUGCAUAAUUGCAUGUAUAUUAUUUCAGCAGAAUGUGAAUUCUUGGCAUUAGCAACAAAAAAAAUGAUGAAAUUAGUAUGCACAAAUCUCAGGUUGGUCUGUGUGAUCAUGGGUUCUACAUAGUCAGUUCUAGUAGUACUCAUUGCAGCUUAGGGUUGAUAUCUUCAUUCUGAUUUGUCUCUCUGAUGCUGGGAGUGUUGCCAGACCAAGGGAGACAGAGGCUGGGCCACAAUUUUCCUCUUUUCUAUCCUCUUGCCAGAGUGCUAUCACUCCCUCUUCCCCUCAGCAAACUACCAGAACAGAGUUGCAGAGCUGGUGGGCAACUGACAGUAUGUUAAUAGCAAGAGAAAAGAAAGGGAAAGAGACUAUUGUGGUGUGGGGUAUCAGGUAGAGGAAAAUACCUCAGAAGCGCCUUCUGCUAAGUCUCUCUCCUGCGUUUCGAGCCCCGAAAGAACAGGUCCCUUCCCUUUCAAUUUGAUGAUACUUGACUAUCUACAGGAAUUUCAUGAAAUGAACAAGAAGGAAAGCCUAUCCAUUGCCAUCAAUAAUUUUGUAGCUUUUUUUGUAUCAGUAUCAUUAAAAGUAUCAUUUUAUUAAAGUUUGAAAACACUAAGAAGGCCACUCUGGGCUUUCAGCUCCAGCUUGUGAGGCACAGUGUUUGUCAGUGGCAUUUUCAACAAAGGCCAGUCCCACCAUCCUUCACUCACACUAUCCCCUCUCCCUUCCUUGCUGCAGUUUCUCAGUGUAGUACUGCUCUCCGGCUUUCACAUACGCCAAUUAGGCAAUCUUAUAGAAUAGGAAACUCACCUAAUAGCAAAUUCAUCCAUUUAUUGUUUUUUUUUUUCUAGUUUUUUUUUGUUUGUUUUCUGUUGUUGUUUUGCUUUGUUGCUGUUUUGUUGUUGUUGUUAUUUUUUGUUUGUUUUUGAUGUAUUAAAUCAGAUCCACCAGUGCAGUUUACUUCAUACUUGCAUGAAAUUUGGACUGGCCCAAAGGAAAGGGUGACAGGAAUGAAGGAAGGUGGCAACUUAAGGUGCUAACUUAGCACUGCUAAAUGACAAAGAAACAAAUGUUCAUCCUUCCACCCUUAACACUGCUAACCAAUCAUAGUCAGCCACAAAGGCAGGUAUUAGUGUGAACCUAUUUCUGACCUGUUAAUUUGACUCAUUGCUUCAUUUAAAACAAAAACAAACAAAAAUCUUCCCGAGAGAAACAAGCUGCCAUAAAUGCAUUCUUCAUAAAUGCAUCACAGAAAUGGCAACAAGAUUACAAGCACAGUUGUAAAAAAAAAAUUACAGAUUUCUCCUUUAAUGAGGCCCUGUGGUGUUCUUUAAAACAAGUGGUGAUCUUUUCAUCAUGGUUUAAGAGAUAUGACAGAUAAGAUUUCAUCAGAACCACAGGACGCUUUACUGACCAUGCCUUCCCCAAACUCAGAGGGUGCAGCAUGGGAACAAACUCUUCUGGUAUCUGAGUGGUGGCCUCUGGCUAAGAUGACAUUCACUUCACCUUUUCCCUAAGCAUGGGAAUAUAACCUCAGAAUAGCAAAUGUACUCCAUCAGAAAUUAUUUAUCUUGAGCUAUAUAGAAUAAAUAGGCUUUUGGUGACAACCAACACACAACACAUAUAGCAAGCAGAAAAUGAAAGGCUGUAAACAACCAUGCUGCUGAGGUGCCCGGAAAGGGCAUGACAGAAUUAGUUUGGUGACUUCUAGGAGAAAUUUGGGGCUGACCUGAUGAUUUUGGAGCACAGCUUAAUGACUGUCAGUGCAUAGUGAGCAAUACUCAACUAUGUAGUGAAUUCUGGUCCAGCAUAAGGAAUAGCCAGAAAAAAGGAGAGGUCUCAGCUGGAUGCGCAUAUGUUGGAUGUGCUUACUGUAUUCUUCUGGUGUACUCUGUGCUCCUUCCCCUGCAUCCUCAUCCUAUGACAACAUUUGGACUCUUAUAUAUGUAGACUUGUUUAGUUUCUCAGGUAAAUCAUGUAUCUAAUUCCUCAGCAGACUAUGUGCUACUUCUCAAGCAUGCUCUAUCCCAAGCACAAAAAAAUUCUUGUUACAGGCUGUGCAGUAAGUGAAGGAGUCUGUUCGAAAAUUUUCUUUCUCCCCAUGCUCAAUUAAUUCCUGCUGUCCAUCUUUAUGCCUUGCUACCUUGUCAGUCUUUCUUUUCCAACUUCCUGGCCUCGUCCUUUGUAAGCAUGCACAUGUUUAUGAGGAGGAGACAGCACAGGACAUUUAUGGUUAGAAACAAUGUGCUUUAUUGCAUGCUAGUUGUGCAGAAUUAGCAGGUAAGAGAUCCUGAAGUCACAGCUCUUCAUAGAUUAUUGAGUAUUUAAGGUUAGGCAUUUCCCAGCUUGGAUGUGUAUUUCCUGGACAUUCCGGUGCUUUGUUCUUGGGAGCAGCCUUCACCAAACUGCCCUGACUGUGUACGUAACUUACUUGUAACAUGAAGUUAUUCUCAUCUGCAGGAUCCCCAGAAAAACCGUGUUUAUCAAUGGAAAGGGGUAGAACUUGAGACUGGCCUUACACAGCUCUCCUUCCCCCUCACCUCUGACCCCAUCCAAGGCUCCUACAAAAUAGUCGUGCAGAAGAACUUCAUCACCCACGUGGAGCACUCCUUCUCUGUAGAGGAAUAUGGUAAGGAAAGGAGAUAUGGGCUGCAGGUGAGGCUGACGAAAUACCUUUUACUCUGGCCUCCUCGGGAUUUGGGAUUUCUUAGGAAUGACAUGGAAAAAACAAGAAAUCUGCAUACAAAGGCAAUGGAAUUCAGAGGAGCUGAUACAGAAGGAUGUUCCUUAGUUUAUGGCUUCUUUGUAAAUCCCACC